UCUGGGCAUUAAAUUCAAAUAACCGCAAUUUAAGAAUGCUUCAACGCCUCCAGCUUUGUAUUUCCACAUAAUAGAGCGUGACUACAAUCUAUUUUUAGCUUCGUGGGAAUUUAGAAUUUUAACAUAAUACCAGUAUUCACUCCAACGAAAAUCAUUAAGAAAAGAUAUUAACUUCAUUUUGCCGCAAAAGCAAAAGUAAAAUACGAUGUAAUUAGUGUAUUGUUUGCAUUGCUUCCAUCGCCAUAAAUUCGCCUUGGCUUCACCUUGUAUGAACUCGCCUUAAAUUCAGAAUUCGCUUGGGAGAAGAUGAUGGAAGCAAACGUCGGUAAGCAGAGAACAAACAACAUUUUGACGUCCUUGUGCAAACUAUCUGACAUUCGCUUAUUAUUAAGUUUUGUUCGGAUGCUCUCGUAAACUAGGCAAAGUUUCUUAUAAAAUUUCUAUUAAAACCGGGUUAGAUGUGGAGACAGUGUACUUAUAAGAUUGUGCGAUGAACAUAUAAAAAAAUUCGCUAAAAAGUUAUUCCCAACACGAUAUUGUUAAAUUUUGCUGAUCAAAAAGAUUUAGUGGUGCCACUUUGUCCUACUAUUGUAAUUUACGAAUUGUUAGUGGUACCGCUUAAUUUGUCAAAACAAACGAUUGCAGAUGACAUUUGACGAUUAUUUGUGUGCGACUAUCAAGAAAAUGAAUGAACGAAAGAAAAUGUCAAAAGUGCUUUAUCGUAUAGAUGUCGCUAAGAUAUUAGCGCGAUGGCGACCGUGUGAGCAUUUUCGAAAUUGGAUGAUUCGAAAUUCUUUAACACCGAAUGUCACUCGUCGCGGUGCGGAGCGAGGUAAUUUACUGUAUUUCCACGCCAUAUUUGAUUUCUACGUGAAAAGAAAGCAAUUUUCGUUUGAGAUCUUUUCAUUGUUUCGGGAUUUUAAAAGAAGUUUAUUAAAAUGAUAUUUGUGUAAAUUGAACGGAAUAUUAUAUUGGGAUUGUAAAUACUAAGGUUGAAUUGGAUAUUGUGCCAUUAAAUAGAGACCCCAAUGGCGCAAUAUUACCAAAUACAAAACCUCGAUGACUUGAAGCAGAUCUACGCAGAUGUCCAAGUGGUUCACGUUGCGAGUGAGGAUGUGGGUGUCGGAAGCCACAAUAGAGCACAGCAAUUACUUCUCCCGGAUGAUCAACUAAUGUUAAAUGAAGGUCAACAGGUUGUUUAUCAAACUGCAAGUAUACAAGGGCAACAGCAAUAUCAACAACAGCCAACUGCAACAACCACACAAUAUAUAAUAGGGGAUGAAAUUUCCCAACAGCAGCAACAACAACAGGCGGUUCAACAUCAACAGCAAGUGAUGUACGAUCAUCACCAUCAACAACAGCAGCAACAUUACGUACAUGAGGCUCCGCAAUUGCAACAAGACCACCACCAACUGGCCCAGCAAACACAGCAACAACAGCAACCACAAUUAUAUUAUACUACUGAGCAAAUAUUACAGCCGAAUUCCAUAGUGCAGCAGCAACAACAACAACAACAGGAGCUGCAGCAGCAGCAACAGCUACAUGUUCAGCAACAACAAUAUCAACAACAACAGCAACAACAGCAGCAAAUUGUACAUCAGCAACAGCAUUCAAUGCAGGCUCCUCAACAACCUCAACAAAUUGUUUACAGAAUGCAGGCGCAACAACCUCAAGCUCAACAAACACAGAUGCUUAACAACACGCAUGUCAUCCUACAACAGCCAUCGGGACAACAAGUUCUUAUACAAUCACCUCAACAUCAAGACAUAAUAAUGCGUCAACAAAUGCCACAGCAACGUAUAAUCUACAAUACAAAUCGUGUUUUAUAUACACCUCAACAACAGCAACAAACCCAAACACAAACUGUUUUACAACAAUCUCCUCAAGCACCUCAGCAACACCCCCAACAGCAGCAGCAACAGCAGCACAUACAAUUACAAGCCGCACCUAGUAAUAGUCCUAUUCAUACAACUGCACGUUUAGUUCAGACGAGAGUAGGUGCAUCACCGCAAGAAACGGCGCAACAUCAACAACCACAGGCUCAGCAAAAUGUUGUAUUUCAUCAAAUUCAAGCAGCUACUGUUCAAAAUCCUCAGCAAUUAAAACCGCAAUUGCAACAGCAGUCUCAAAUGCAAUUGCAACAACAACCGCAGCAACAUCUAGUGUCUGCAACAAUAGGAGGUGGUGUGACGGGAGGUGGUGUAAUGCGUGGUGCGAUUCGUAAUAAAUCACCACGAGGUGGUGGUGCUCUUGGAGGAGCACAUACAUUAAUUGCACGUAUGCCAGUUGCUUCUGUAGGACGUGUGAUUCGACCUCCUGUGACUACAACGAUGCAACCGCCACAAACUCCUCGUGCUACUAGGCCUAGAGGAGGAGCUGCUGGAGGCACACGAACACGUGGAGCGGCGCGAGGAGGCCGUGGUGGUGCGGCGCUUACUAACAGAAGCACCCAAGUGGCCACGUCCUUGGUUCAACAGCAACAGUCCCAACAGUUGCAAGUACAACAGCAAAUAUCACAGUCUCAACAGCUCCUACAAAAUACUAUGGGCAAAAAUAUCACUAUUCUAAAUCAAGGUCAAGUAAAACAUAUAUACCGCAACGUUGCAGAUACGCAGCAGCAGCACGUGCAUUUAGUAACAGGUACAGCGCAACCUCAGCAACGAACGGCACAAAUAGUUGGGACACGUUUUCGGUCACCAAUAAUGACUGCGAGUGGAAGUGCAAACAAUAGUAGCAGCACCGCUAAUUCGGGUAGUAGUAGCGGUAACUAUGAAUUGGACUUGGAAGAUAGUAUUCAAGCGGUUGUGGUUAAGAAAGAUCAGCAAAAGCCGACUGGCUCAACAACUAAUAUAAACAAUGCUGUUGGUACCACAUUAACCAGUUAUUAUGCCAAAGAAGAUGAUGACACGCGUAUGGUACGCACUCAAAAUGGGACUUGCAUUAGUUUAUCUGAGUACCGAAAACGCAAUCCUACUACCCCUGGUUCGGCGACUACGACCCCAACCACAAUAUUGCAAAUGAAAGCACCACUGAGAGCUGGCGGACCUUCUCUUCCAAAUAAAAUAUUGUCAAAUCAUUCUGCUGGAAACUCUGGUAUGGUCCCAGUUGCGCGAGUUGCACCUCAACAAAUACAGCCCCCCCAGUCACAGCAAUCUCAAGCAGCAAUGACAACUACAACGUCAUCAUCAGCUGUACACCGUACUUCUCACAACAAUUACGAGAUUCAUACUCAGCAUGUUAUGCAGAAUCGAAACAAUACUCAAAUGGCAGAGAAAGAUAGAAACAGUGCCAAGAUGUUGGUUAUACUGGUGUCAGGUGAGCAACGUCUUAUAACAUUCACCUUGCCUCGUGAAUCGUGUACUGUUCAAGAUUUACUUGAACAAGUUGGUGUGCCGUUUGAUAGUACGACUACGAUACAAUGUGUGGAAAAUCCUGGUGCAAAUAUAGAUUUUGUUGUCACAGUCGGAUUUUCAGUCCAGGAAUCAGCAAGUGAAUUGAUAUCAAGAGCAGAGCAAACUUUGCAAAUGAAUAGACAACAUGAUGCAAUGGGAGGAGGUAGUGUAGCACAAAGUAAUGUCUCUUCUGCAAAUAGUGGUGCAAAUACAACUGUAUCGCAUGGAACCGUUACACAAACUCAGUCAACAGGUAGUUAUGGUAAUAUUGCAAGUAACACAAAUCAACCUUCCAACACAACAGUUGUCAAUGAAUCGUCACAAAAAGAUGGAAACAUCAAUAGCAACACUACAAAUGUCACAAAGAGCAAUUCUACUUCAUCUACAACCGGAGCAGAUGAUGUGCAACGAAAAUACAUACAAGGAUUUCUUGCUGUUUGUCAAAGCUGUGGAUUUAGUGGCUACGAUCAUGCUAAAUGCGAACGAUGUAAGCGUGUUUUUCAAGAUCCGCCGAAACGUAUACCGUGCGGCAAGAAUAUGGGAAAUAAUAACCCUUCAAACGCUGGCGAUACACCGUUACAAAAAUCGAUUGGAAGUAAUGAGGUUUCGUCAAACGAUAAACGUCGUGGCAGUGAUUCAUUAGCACGAAGUCAAACAAGAAAUACUCUAAGCGCAUAUAGCAGCAGUGGUAGUGUGGUUUCAACACGAGGUCGUGGCGGGCCUGGUACUGCUGCUCGAGGACGGGGCUCGCGUAGUGGACGUCGAGCCGCAGAAGUUGAACCAGUAAUUCUCACUCUAAGCAGUGACGAAGAAGGUGAUGACGAAUCGUCAAACAAGGGGACUGGAUCGUUUACUUUGACCUCUAAUACUGCUCCUCAAAUUUGCAAGCCACAAAUCUACGAACCACUGGGAUUUGAGGCAACUAUGCCAGAAGUCGAUGAAAAUGCAAUUUAUUCAGAUUUUCAGCGGGAUGAUGUGACUGAUUUAUCUAACUGCACUGAUAAAUUAAGCACUGCCUUACAGUGCAAGAUUGUGCGAAUAGGUACAUAUCGCUUCGAGCCAAAGGAACCCGUAACAUUUACUUCCAAGGGUGUUUGUCUAAUAGCUCCGUUAGUCACCAACCCAAAUGAAAGCAUCCCUUUACACAUCCAUAAACGUGAGGUUGUCAAAAUAAUCGCUCAUUUUUCCAAGGUAUCGGAAUCGAUGCUUUGCUUUUAUACCUUACGAAACUGUGCACAGUAUAUAAAGACCAGCUUGCAAAUGAAAGACAAUAGCGCGACUGUGGAUACCGCUUCAUAUUUUUCCCCAAAUGGGCCAUAUCAAGUACGCAAAAUAAUAUUGCAAUUUAACGCGUGCUCAGACCAAUCUCGCAAUGUUAUAAAAUCUAUUUGGGACUUUUUUGAUGAAAUAUCUGAUGUAGAUGCUCAAGAUUUAUUGCAAAGGGCGGAAGCAACAGAUCGACAAAUUGCCAAUAAAGUUAACGAUGCUCCGUCGUCAACAGUGACCAAAACACAGCUAAAUCCUAAUGAAAUAAGGCAACUACUAAUAUAUCCGCCAGGGAAAGGAGGGAUAUCAAUUAAUACUGAAGACUACCUUUGUUUAGCUACGGAUCAAUACUUAAAUGAUAUAAUAAUCGACUUUUACUUAAAAUGGGUUCACAACAAUGUUGUGCCAGAGGCGCAACGAGAGCGAGCUUUUAUUUUUAGUACGUUCUUUUAUAAACGCUUAACAACGUUGACGCGACACCAUCAUAAUAUAGAUAAAGAUGUUAAACAAACUGCAGCACAGAAGCGGCAUGCACGCGUUCAAAAUUGGACGAAAAACGUGAAUUUAUUUGAGAAAGACUUCAUCAUUAUACCUAUAAAUGAACAAUCGCAUUGGUUCCUAGCUAUUAUUUGUUUUCCAACUUUAAAAGGUCCUGUCACAUAUGAUACGAAUAUUCCAGUGGAACCUCAACAAUUGAAAAAACAAAAGGGGAAAAAGGUGUCCCUGCAAAUUGGCAAUACAACAAUUACACCACUGUCUAAGCGGGAUAACAGUAAUAUGUUGGCUGAAGUUUGUGGAGUCGGUGAUGAUGACAGUGAACGUGAUGAAGCUGAAGGCGACGAAAGUGAUUUAGCAUCGGAAGAUAGCGAUUUUGAUAGUGGAGCCAGCACAUCUGCGGCGUCAGCAUCAGCAAGUGGUCAAGUGGCAUCAUGUGCGAACAAUGCUUCGUCUAAUAAUAAUAAUCAAAAUACCACAACAAAAUCACAAGCAAUUAAACAACCUCUGAUUUUAAUUUUUGAUUCCUUGGCGGGUGCUUCUAGAAGUCGAGUUGUUGCAACGUUACGUGAUUAUCUUACGUGCGAAUACCGUGCUAAAAUGCCAGAUGUCACUCCACACGUAUUCAACAAAGAUAAUAUGCCGGGUCAUUGUGUGAAAGUUCCACAGCAGAAUAAUUUCACUGAUUGUGGUCUGUAUUUAUUACAAUACGUGGAGCAUUUCUUCAAGGAUCCAAUUAGAGAUUACAGACUGCCAAUCAAACAGUUAAGUAACUGGUUUGAUACUAUAACAGUAACGCGAAAGCGCGAGGAUAUUUCACAGUUAUUGCAACAAUUAAUGAACGACCGCAAUGGUCCUAAUCACCAAGUUAUUUUGCCUGAAAUUCCGUUGCCCACACAAAAUGGGCAACUUGUCGAGCCAGCCGAAGGCUUUAACAUUGAAUUUGAAGAAGAAGAAACUGGUGAUGACGUCGCAGAAGAGGAUGAAGAUAAUACUGCAAGCACAAGUGCAGAAGGCUCAGCUAAUGACAUGGACGGCACUGGAAGUAGUACACACACAGAGGAACUUGUUAGUGUUAAAGUGCCAACGACAAAGCCUGUGACAACAACAGCAUUAGUGCCAACGCAGGGGCGAAAAAUUGUUGUUAAAAGACGAAUGCAACUAGUGAGCGCAACAGUUAAUAGCAAUAAUAGCGAGACCUUAACGACAACGUCCACUGUGGCGGGACUCGGACAAAGCAUACGUAGUGGAAAUCAGGCUAAAUUCCGUAAAUUUGAAUAA